GCUGCUCUCCCGGGAGCAAGCGAGCAGCCCUUUCCCCGCCUCCCUUUCCUUCCCCUCCCAUUGACUGAUUCGAGCCGUGCGCUUCCCACUUCCGCCCCCUCUGCCUGCCAUAGGAACUAGCGAAGCCGAACAAGUUGCGGCCGCCGAACGGCCGGCGCUCCCCUCCUCCUCCUCCUCUCCUCUUCCUCUCUCCUUUCCUCUGCUUCCCCGGCCGCCGCCGCCGCCGCCGCCGCCGCCGCCGCCCCGAGGCCUCGCGACCGCCGAGCCCGCAGCCCACGCCGCGGCCGACAUGAGCUUCUUGUUGAGUUCUCAGCCUGAAGUUGACUGGAACUAUCAAUUAACAAGUAUUUAUCAAGUACCUGAUCUCUAGUAUUGGACUUAGACCUAUGGAAAGAGCUACUGAUGUGAAUGACAGUGGUAGUCGCUCCUCUAAAACGUUUAAACCAAAGAAGAACAUUCCAGAGGGUUCUCACCAGUAUGAGCUCUUAAAGCAUGCAGAAGCCACACUUGGCAGUGGCAACCUCCGGAUGGCUGUCAUGCUUCCUGAGGGGGAAGAUCUAAAUGAGUGGGUUGCAGUGAACACUGUGGAUUUCUUCAAUCAGAUCAACAUGCUUUAUGGAACCAUCACAGAUUUCUGUACAGAGGAAAGUUGUCCGGUGAUGUCAGCUGGCCCAAAAUAUGAGUAUCAUUGGGCAGAUGGAACAAACAUAAAGAAGCCUAUUAAGUGCUCUGCGCCAAAGUAUAUUGAUUACCUGAUGACUUGGGUUCAGGACCAGUUGGAUGAUGAGACAUUAUUUCCAUCAAAAAUUGGUGUCCCAUUCCCGAAGAAUUUCAUGUCUGUGGCAAAAACUAUACUCAAACGCCUCUUCAGGGUUUAUGCUCAUAUUUAUCAUCAGCAUUUCGACCCUGUGAUCCAGCUUCAGGAGGAAGCGCAUCUCAAUACAUCUUUCAAGCACUUUAUCUUUUUUGUCCAGGAAUUCAACCUUAUUGAUAGAAGAGAACUUGCACCACUCCAAGAACUGAUUGAAAAACUCACCUCAAAGGACAGAUAAAAGGAUGCAGAGCUGUAUGAAUUGUUCCUCAAAUGAAACUGUGUGGAGUGUAUUUGGAUUUUGUUGUAUUUUAUCUCAGUUGUUUUUGUCUUAGGUUUGGGGGGCUUAUUUGGGUUCCUUUUUCUUUAUUCUGAAUAAAUGAAACCAUAUUCAUAUUCUA